AUGGAGCGGGUUGUUUCUUUAACUCUAAAGCAAGAGAAACCAAAGAUUGCGAUCAUUGGCGCUGGAGCAGCGGGAUUAUGUACAGCUCGAGUACUUUCCAGAGACCUUGGAGUGGACCCCACCGUGUUUGAGGCCAAGUCGCAUGGAGGCGGUGUGUGGAAGUACGAAGAGAGUAGUAGCGAGAAGCAUCCAAUGUACCGCGGUCUGAGAACUAAUUUACCGAAAGAAGUCAUGGCUUUCAGAGAAAAACCUUGGACAGGAGUCAAAAACAGUUUUGUCACGCACAAAGAUGUCGCUCAAUACUUGGCAGACUACGAAAAGGAUUUUGACUUGAAGAAGAGUAUCAAGUAUUCUUCGCCAGUUCAUCAAUUGACAAUUCUCGAUGAAAAGGAUGCUGGAUCUUCGUCUUUUUCACCAGAAACAGAAUCCUGGCCCAAAAUUCGACUGGAUUACGGCGAAAGCGGGGACGACCAGUCGGACGUAUAUGACGCUGUGUUUGUUUGCAACGGCCAUUAUGCGAUGCCAUCAUCACCUGCCGUUCCUGGAUUGAAGGAAUAUUUCGAUGGCGAAGUUAUGCAUUCUGUAUCUUACGACGAUCCAUCCAAAUUUGAAGGAAAGACUGUCCUGUGCGUUGGAGGCCGAGCCAGCGGAUCGGAUCUUGCUCGAGAAAUCUCGUUCCACGCAAACCAUGUCUACCUUUCCGACACAACGUGCACCUUGAAUGAAGACUCUACACCGCAAUCACAAGGAGAAGUCACGUGGGUACCAAAGACCAUGGAAGUAUUAGAGGAUGGAUCAGUAAAAUUUGACAUGGGUUGUGCUGUCACUCCCAAGGUAGACGUCAUUAUAUUCUGCUCCGGCUACGACUACAAGUUUCCCUUCAUCAACAAGGAAUCUAAUCUGAAUUUUCAAUGUGUUCCUGGGGAACGUCGAGUGAUGCCACUUUACAAGCAAUUUUGGCAUGCACAGUUUCCAAAUCUAUGCUUUGUUGGAAUCCCUCACUCUGUUGUCCCCUUUCCAUUCUUUGAAAUACAAGCUGAAUCUGCUGCAGCCCAGUUCAAGAGCUUAUCACUUCCAGAUCCAGCUGCCCGAGCGGAGGAAGCAGCUUCUGAUAGUACCUCAGGGGGUGCCAAGGGAGGCCGCAUUCAAGAUGCCCACUUCCUUGGCUCUGCUCAGUGGGACUAUUGCCGGAUGAUGGCAAAGAUUGGUGGUAUCUACAAUGAUGAAAUUGAAGGUUAUAUUGCCACCAACAAGGCCAUUUACGAUCAUAAUGGAAAAGCUCGAAAAGCACUCUUUCCAGGAGGCCCUGACUCGUAUCGAGAAAUCAAGUACAAUCGACAAGGCAAUGAAUGGAGUAUUCUUCAGGAACAAGUGUCGACCGUGUAG